UAUAUAUAUAUAAAGACAGAACAAGUAGAGUUGCAGAAGAAAGUACAGAGAGAAACUAACUGUUUCGUAGACUUUUUAUUUCUCUGUGCUUUGAGUUCUACAAUUAAUGGAGUGGGUUCGUCGAGAGACAAUAGGUCACGGGAGCUUCUCCACCGUUAGUCUAGCCACUACCUCCGCAAGCUCAACCUCCUUUCCUCCCUUGAUCGCCGUGAAAUCCUCCGGAGCAGUCUGCUCCGCCGCGUUACGCAACGAGAGAGACGUUCUUGACGAUCUCGGCGACUGUCCGGAGAUCGUGCGGUGUUUCGGAGGAGGAACGACGGUGGAGAACGGAGAGGAGGUAUACAAUCUGUUUCUCGAGUACGCUUCCGGCGGAAACUUGAGGGAUAGGAUCAAGAACUCCGGCGAGGGGCUGCCGGAGUUCGAAGUGCGGCGGUUCACGAGGUCGAUUGUUAAAGGGUUGCGUCACGUCCACGCGAAUGGUUACUCUCAUUGCGAUGUGAAGCUUGAGAAUGUUUUGGUGUUCGGCGACGGAGGCGUGAAGAUUUCCGAUUUCGGGUUGGCGAAACGGAGGGGUGUGGUCGUGGAUGAGAUCAGAGGAACGCCGCUGUAUUUGGCGCCGGAAGCGGUUAAUCGCGGCGAGUUUGAGUCUCCGGCGGAUGUUUGGGCGUUGGGAUGGUGUGUAGUUGAGAUGUCGAGUGGCAAAACGGCGUGGUGUUUGGAGGAAGGAGUUGGGAACGUAAUGUCUUUGAUGGUUCGUAUCGGUUCGGGAGAUGCUCCGAAGAUUCCGGUGGAGUUGUCGGAGGAAGGGAAAGAUUUCGUGAGGAGGUGUUUCGUUAAAGACCCGGUGGAGAGAUGGACGGCUCAGAUGCUUUUGGAUCAUCCGUUCUUAGCCGUUGAUCAUGAUGAUGAGAGAAGUAGUGGUUCACUGAGGUGUGGCGAUGAAGACGAGGCUUCGGUUUCACCGAGAGAUCCUUUUGAUUUUCCUGAUUGGAACUCGGUUAACGAUUCAGUUACGGUCUGCUCACCGGUUAAUUGUUCACCGUUCAGUUAUUUGGUAUGUUUACCAAAGGAGAGAAUCAGUGGGUUAGUUUCCGGGAAUGUACCUGAUUGGUCGGUUUCAUGUGAUUGGGUCAACGUACGUGAGGUUGAAGGGAGUAGUACAGUAGUUUAAUUAGUGGAGAAAGACCAAGUCACAUGAUGGAGAUAAUUAUGGGGUUAAUUAGAGAAUUGACGGUCUUGAUUUAAUCUUUUGUUAAUUAGCUCGUUGACUAUUGUAAAUGAAUAUUAGAUUAUUUUUUGAAAGAACACAAAACUUUUUUUUUUUGCCAUUUAUA